CCCAAACAGAGUGUUAAAAUGAAGUUCCUCAUCUUGGUCAGCGCAUUGCUGAUCUUUGCCCAGUGUGGAUUCGCACGCCACGUGAGGUUGGCCCGUAAGCUGAGCCGUCAGCUGGAUUUGGACGUGGUGCGACCCGAGUCGCGCAUCGUUGGUGGCACAGAUGCACCCGAGGGCUGGGCCCCCUACCAAGUCUCCAUCAUGAACACCUUCGGCGAGCAUGUAUGCGGUGGCAGCAUCAUUGGGCAGCAUUGGAUACUAACAGCUGCCCAUUGCCUGGAGUGGCCCAUUCAAUACCUGAAGAUCGUGACUGGCACCAAUGACUACACAAAGCCCGGCGCUGAGCAUCUGGUGGAUGCGGCCGCGAAGCACAGCAGCCACGACAAGCCAAUGUACCACAACGACAUCGCACUUAUACACACAGCCACGCCCAUUGUCUUCAACAAUCGCACACAGCCCAUCCAAUUGGCCAGCAAGCAGAGCUUGAAGACGGGCGAUAAGGUUACCUUAAGCGGCUGGGGCAGUCCCCGCGCCUGGGGACGUUAUGUAACCCAGCUGCAGAAGAUCGAUCUGGCGUAUUUGGAGCGCGACAGGUGCAGGACCCAGGUGCGCAAUGCUAGCUGGGUGGGCGAUGGACACAUCUGCAGCUUCACAAAGGAGGGCGAAGGAUCCUGCCAUGGCGAUUCGGGUGGCCCCCUCGUCGAUGCGAAUCAAAUAUUGGUGGGCGUGGUCAACUGGGGUGAGGCCUGUGCUUUGGGCUAUCCGGAUGUGUAUGCCUCAGUGGCCUAUUACCUAGACUGGAUUAAGAAGACGAAGGUCGAGCUGGAAAAGUCCCUUUAGAAUGAUUAGGAGAAGACGUCAAAGCAUGUCGAACAAAGCCAACAGGCGAAUAGAAGCCAAACCGAACAAAAAUAUAUAUAUGUACCUACAAAUAUAACCAGAAGACUAUAGACGAUAAGUCCAAACACUGUACAUUUUUAUCACGCAUAUAUCGCAAAAAUAUAAAAUAUUUAUGAACAAAUUAUGAACCUA